ACCAGUUUAACUCUGCCCUAAGAGUAUCUAGUUACACAUACACAGAACGAGAGCGAGCAUUUAUGAGGGCCACUAUGUAACAGGUAGUUUAGAAGAAGAAAGCAAACACUCAGAAAACAGGCAACUCGCAAAAUAAAGGAAAACAGAGAGGGAGGGAGAGGAGAAAAUUUGAGUAGAAGAGGAGAUAACUAGUCACUGUGCUAUAGAGUACAUGAGGAGUCGAGGGAAAGGCACAAGAGUGAAGAACAGUCUGCUUCCAUAAAGGACAUUCCAGCCCUACUGAAAGAAAAUUGUAUCUUAUUAUCCAUUGAGUUUCAUCUGACUUGAAGUGUUGCAGGUAAUGCUGUGCUUUAAGCCUGUAUAAUGGCAGAGGCUCAUCAGGCAGUGGCAUUUCAGUUCACCGUCACACCUGAUGGCAUUGACCUACAGUUGAGCCGUGAGGUUCUCAAACACAUCUACCUAUCUGGAGUGACAUCAUGGAAGAAACGUGCCAUCCGCUUCAAGGUGAAUCUAUCUAUUUAUCUAUCUAUCUAUCUAUCUAAUGAAAAUAAUAUUUUAUUUUAUUUUGAACAGAAUGGCGUUCUCACAGGUGUGUACCCCGCCAGUCCCUCCAGCUGGUUAAUUGUAGUUAUUGCAAUAAUGAGCACCAUGUAUGCCAGGAUCGACCCCUCUAUGGGCAUGAUUGACAGGAUCAAGACAUCUCUACCUGUGAGUGAGUUUAUGACCGUUCAGACUCAGACGGUGUUGAGUGCCAUCCUGUUUGCCACAGGCCUGUGGUUAUCAUUCAUCUUUCUGCUGCGGUACAUCCUGAAAGCUCUCCUGUCCUAUCACGGCUGGAUCUUUGAGUCACAUGGCAAAAUGAGUUUCUCUACUAAAGUCUGGCUGAGUCUUGUAAAGCUGUUGUCCGGUCGGCGACCGUUGCUCUACAGCUUCCAGGCAUCUCUGCCCCAUCUGCCAGUACCGAGCAUUGAUGACACAAUCAACAGGUAUCUUGAAUCAGUUCGACCUCUUCUGGAUGAUGAGCAAUAUAAACAGAUGGAGAUUGUUGCUAAUGACUUCAAAAAGGAUCCUGCACCCAAACUCCAAAAACACCUCAAACUCAAAUCCUGGUGGGCGACAAAUUAUGUGAGUGAUUGGUGGGAGGAGUACAUCUACCUGAGAGGACGGGACCCCAUCAUGGUCAACAGCAACUUCUACACAAUGGAUUUGCUCUAUGUGAUCCCUACACACAGACAGGCUUCACGAGCAGCAAACAUAGUCCAUGCCAUGCUGCAGUAUCGGCGUAAGCUGGAGCGAGGAGAACUUACCCCGCUGAGAGCUCUUGGGAUUGUCCCCAUGUGCUCUUUUCAGUACGAGAGGAUGUUCAACACCACCCGUAUUCCUGGCAUUGAGACUGAUUUCGUGCAGCAUCUGAAGGACAGGAAGCACUUGGUUGUGUACCAUCGAGGCCGUUUCUUUAAGGUGUGGCUGUACUAUGGUGGUCGCCAUCUUUGGCCCUCAGAGCUUGAGUUGCAGUUUCAACGUAUCCUGGAUGACAAGUCUGAACCUCAACCUGGAGAGAUCAAGCUCCCCUCACUGACUGCCGGGAACAGGGUUCCCUGGGCCAGGGCCCGUCUGAAGUACUUCAAUGAGGGGGUCAACCGGGCGUCUCUGGAGGCCAUUGAAACGGCUGCAUUUUUUAUGACUCUGGAUGAUGAAGCACAUGGAUACGAUCCAGAGAACAUACGGUCCCUAGACCUCUACGCCAAAUCUCUACUACAUGGAAAGUGUUAUGACAGGUGGUUUGAUAAAUCCUUCACUUUGAUUGUCUACAAGAAUGGUAAAACUGGCAUCAACACUGAGCAUUCAUGGGCUGACUCCCCUAUCAUAGGACAUAUGUGGGAGUAUGUUUUAGCCACAGACUGUUUCCACCUUGGAUAUACGGCGGAGGGACAUUGCAAAGGAGAUAUCAACAAAAGCCUGGCACCCCCUACCAGACUACAGUGGGACAUCCCAAAAGCAUGCCAGGAGAUUAUUGAAGGUUCUUACAUGAUUGCAAAGGGAAUUGCUGACGAUGUGGAUUUCCACGACUGCUUGUUUAAUGAGUUUGGGAAGGGCCUGAUAAAGAAAUGCAGAACAAGUCCUGAUGCUUUUAUCCAGCUGGCACUGCAACUAGCUCAUUACAGGGACAAGGGUGAAUUCUGUCUGACUUACGAAUCAUCCAUGACGCGCAUGUUCCGCGAGGGCCGGACGGAAACCGUGCGCUCAUGCACCUGCGAGUCCACGGCUUUUGUAAAAGCAAUGGAGGAUGAAAGUACCACGAAUGAGCAAAGGUUAGCGCUCUUCAAGAAAGCUGCAGAUAAACAUCAGAACAUGUACCGUCUGGCCAUGACUGGAGCUGGGAUCGACCGCCAUCUCUUCUGCCUCUACAUUGUGUCCAAAGUAAUGGGCAUUGACUCACCCUUCCUCAAACAGGUUUUGUCAGAGCCCUGGCGCCUCUCCACCAGUCAGACCCCUCAACAGCAGCUCAAUCUCAUCGACACUCAGAAGUUUCCCAAAUAUGUGGGAGCAGGAGGCGGCUUUGGGCCUGUUGCUGAUGACGGUUAUGGUGUUUCUUACAUCAUUGUCGGCGAGAAUCUCAUUACAUUCCACAUUUCCAGCAAGUUCUCCAGCCCUGAAACGGUAGGCGAAUUUCAAACAUUUUUCUUAAGUGCCACUUUUUGUGAAUACGUGAUCCUGACAAAUAAAAUUAAGGCUAUACAUUAUCCAGAUACAGAGCCUUGUUAUUUUCACACCAAGAACAAUAACUAUAUUAGCGUCCACACCAACGGAUGAUACAUUUCUGUUUACGUAAGCAACGCGCGC